GCUCAAUUUGCUGCGAAUUGAUUUCAUUGAAGGUCCAGCUCGAAACCAGGCACGGUGUUGGGCGGUUAACGUGCUCCCGUGCGUGAGAGGGCGUUUUGUUGUCGUCCCGCGACGGUUGACCGUUUUCGAAGAUAGCCGAACGGCAGGUACUGUGGAGAGCGUGAAGCAAAAAAAAAGGUUAUUACUGCUCGAGUGGAAUUUAAAUAGUUGCUGUUGUGCCCUAAUCGUGUCGCGAUCUAAUCAGCACGGUUUUUUUUUAUUGUCGUUGUUGUAUCACCACUGGUUCGUUCGUGUUAGAUUCGUUAGGUUCGAGCGUGUGUCUGUGUGUACUUGUGUAUAGUUGCGGCAGUGGAAGUGAAUGAUUAGCCGUGGACGAAAAUUGUCUCAUCUCUACUUCCGUGCGUGCGCAAUCAAACCGUGUGGGACGAGACCCCAAGCCACGGGGUCACUGUUUGCUGCUGAUUUUGUAGCCCAAGGUGACGCUGGGAUGCAUCCAAAGUGAAGGGUGCUCGAUGCACCUGCCGCUCGCUACGUCAUUCGGUCGACACCGGUAACAGUCAUCCGAUAGCCCGCCCGUCAUCUCCGGACACAAACAUUUCAAGGUGUUAGAGCGAUGUACACGAUGUCCCUCACCCGCCCCCAAGCAUUGCAAUCAACCCCUAACCCCGCGACGCCUGCCAAGUGCAGCAGAGUACGAUGAGCAAUACACGCUACAACGACGGGGGUUGCACUGCGUGCACACUCACAGGGAUUAUGGUUUAGCACUGGAAGCAGUGACGCUGCUGUGAGCAACCCAUUCGGGAAGCAGGAAUAGGCCCUAAGUUUUCAAACCCACCAGGAUUUCCACCACCCAAGCGAAACGUGGCCGUGAGUGAAAAAGGAAAACGGUAGCCAGCAGCAGCAGCAGCAGUAACAACAACAAAACCACAUAAGUCGGUCACGAAAAACUCUGUUGUGCUUCAAAGGUUUGGGAUUUUAUUUGUGUGGCCUAAUGCCUCCCUGGGACGCGCCUAGGUGGUGCAGUGUGAAUGUGCGCGUGUGACCAGUGCGUGGUGCGAACGCUAGUGAUGAUUUAGACGCGCCAUCGAACCGCCCUGCAGAGUCGCCCAGUGCAGUGACGCGAAUGGGACGGCGAGUCCAGCGCGCCACCAACGCCGCGCCCCGGUUGCGAACGUCCCGGGCCCCUUUCGAGCCGAUUCCGCCCUGCCGGAAUUGCGGUACGAGCGCCUCGCCCCGGACGAAACCACUUCAACCAAACAAACUCAAACGACAGCGUGCAGAAACGGCCAUCAAGCAGCAGUAGCAGCUGCAGCACCAGUAGAAGACCUGGGACAAUCAACGGGACAGUGGGAUCGCGUUGGGACGGGUUGGUCCGAAACAGAAAAGCAACACGUACGCGCCUAGUCUGCGUGUCCCCCAGUGCAGAACGGUGUGUGUGUGUGUGGGAGUGUAAGAAAGAGAGAGAGGUAGAGGAGGGCGGGGGUAAAGUAAAGGAAACCAGACACCAGAGGCUCUCAACACCACGUCCACGGAAUACGGAAGCGAACGACGGACAGCGCAAUGGCAGAGCGUGAUUACAUCGGGUUCGCCACGCUGGCGGAGCAGGUGCACCGCAAAUCGGUGAAGCGUGGCUUCGAGUUCACGCUGAUGGUGUGCGGCGAAACCGGCCUCGGCAAGUCGACGCUCAUCAACACGCUCUUCCUGACCGAGCUGUACGCCCAGCGGUCGGUGCCGCCGGUCGAGCAGCGGAUCGAGAAGACGACCCGCAUCGAGAAGAAGACGCUCGACAUCGAGGAGCGGGGGGUGAAGCUGCGGCUGACGAUCGUCGACACGCCCGGCUUCGGCGACGCGGUCAACUGCGAGGACAGCUGGCGCGUCUGCACGCAGUACAUCGACGAGCAGUUCCGCCAGUACUUUACCGACGAGAGCGGGCUGAACCGGCGCAACAUACAGGACAACCGGGUGCACUGCCUGCUGUACUUCGUGCCACCGUACGGGCACAGCUUGCGCCAGCUCGACAUCGAUCUGCUGCGGCGGAUGCACAAGAAGGUGAACAUCAUACUGGUGAUCGGGAAGGCGGACACGCUCACGCCGAAGGAGGUGAAGGCGCUGAAGGGCCGCAUCCUGGACGACAUCGAGACGCACGGCAUCCAGAUCUACCGCUUCCCGGACUGCGACUCGGACGAGGACGAGGAGUUCAAGCAGCAGGACCGCGACCUGAAGGCCAGCCUGCCGUUCGCGGUCGUCGGCAGCAACCAGGUGAUGGAGGUGGCCGGCCGCAAGAUCCGGUGCCGCCAGUACCCCUGGGGCGUGGUGGAUGUGGAAAACCCCGAACACAGCGACGUGGUGAAGCUGCGCACGAUGCUCAUCUCGACGCACAUGCAGGACCUGAAGGAUACGACGCGCGACGUACACUACGAAAACUAUCGCGCCCAGUGCAUCUCGCAGAUCUCGCAGCACGCGCUGCGCGAGCGCAACAAGCUGAAGCGCGAAUCGACCGCCUCGAACCACGAGUUCUCCGACACGGACCGGUUGCUGCUGCAGAAGGAUGAGGAGAUCCGCCGCAUGCAAGACAUGCUGGCGCAGAUGCAGGAAAAGCUAAACUCUACCAGCGUCAACGAUUCGGUCAUCGAUGUUUAGUGCGUGGCAGCAGUGGACGUGGAUGCGCUGCCGGACUAGAUUGCAAAUCCCCACUCAUCCACCACCCAUUAAUACCCGCCGGUCUCUUGGUUCACGUGGCAUUUUCCCUCGCCAAAGUAAAAAAAAACCACAACCUCCAUACGCAACGACCAAAAAAAAAAACGCCAGCAGACAGGAAGAUCUUUUUUGUUUUUUUUUUUCCUGGGAGGGAAAAAGGGCCACGUGUUCGUGUUCCAACCGACAAACGGAGACGUUAGAAACGUUGCGAUAGAGAAAAAGAAAGAGAGAUAGAAUGAGAGGAAUAAAAGUGUGUAGACUCGUAGACUUCCGCCUAGUGGCCGGGAAAAGCGCUCCGCCAUUCGUAGGAUCCGCUCUCGUAGCAAGCGUGUAGCAGCGUUACAGCACACCACAAGUAAUACAAAUUUAGUCGAUUUAACUGGGUAAAAGUAUUCGAAGCAAAAACGUUAACAUUCGUACCCGCAGUGACAGGCGUGCUGGACCGGAGUUGAUCAUUAUUUAGUUGUACCGGGUUUCGGGUGGUUCGCACUGUUGCGCUGGGAAGUUUCCUGGGCUUCGCUCAACGACAAAGAAGCAGGGUUGCGACUACUACGAAAACUAUUCAUUCCCUUACGAAAAAAAAAACGCGUUGCAACCUUGGUCCGGCUUACGCGUGAAGCAAAUUCGACCAAAGAGAGGAACCACGUGGCCAGGACACAGGACCAUCAAGCACCACGUGUGUGCCCGAUAUAGUAAACUUUGUUGGAUUGCUUGCUUCACCACACCACCGCCGUUCCGUUUUUGGGUCAGUUUGGAAGUCCAGCCUCCAGUCCAGUGGGCAUGCGACCGCCCACAUUGUAAGGGAAGGGCAUUUGAGCGCUUGUGUGUGUGUGUGUGGGGGGCGUUCUUCUCAGAGCGUUAUUUUUCCCUUUUUUGUUUGUUUGUUUGUUUUGUAAUGUAAUUGUAGGCUUAGAUAUUUGUAUACACGACGGUAGAGUUAAUGCAAUUAUUUAUAUGGAAAUCGGUAGGCGCGGAAGAGUGGACAACUAGGUCCGGGUGUUGCGUACGGUAAGAGGCUCCCGCCCCCUGACCCACCUCAGUGUAAGGGCCCGGAAAGCGUUUGCAAUCAACCAAAAUCCAAAUGUAAGACAACUCAGUUACCACCACCAAAAGGGGAAGAAAGAAACACAAUUAGUGUGUAUGCAUGUGUGUGUGUUAGUGGGUUCGAAGAACCUCACCGGACAAAACAAAGAAGAAGAAAAAUAGAAACAGAAAAGCGCCGCGCGAGACGAUUCAGCAGGGCAGUUGAGGUAAAGGUCGCGCCGUAAAGCAAUCAAAAGUCAAAGAAAGAAGAAAAAAUGUCACGCGCGCGCCGCCGUUCACGCAAAACUGUUACGGAUAUUAUAGGUUUCGUGCUUUUUUUUCCUGUUUUCCUUUCGGUUCGUUUCAAUUUUUAACACGUGUGUACCACCCACAGUAUUUCAAGGAAGGGCGCGCGCGCGCUCAUAGACAGGAGCAGUUCGAAUGUAGUCGACAAAUUUUCAAAGAUACGCUAAUUUGUAACCAGUGAACGGGGGUGGGAGAUGGGGCACGGGCGCACAGCACGUGCUGUCUGCUGGGCCCAAGUUUUGCUCUCUAAGCUGCCGUGUGUGUAGUUUUUGAAGGAACGGCCGGAAACAAAACCCGUAGAUUCUCUCUACCAGCAAGCUAAGAAAUAAAACACAUUCAAUACA